CCGGCCCGUGCCUGGCUGGGGCACGCCGGCACGGCUCCACGGCCAUCUAUUUAUGCCCCAGGUCUCGUCCAGCUCCAGCCCGUCUCGCUGCCACGCCGCGCCACAUGCUUCUGCUACCUCAUCUCCCCUCAUUUCAUUGAGAAGUCAGCUAGCCAACCAGGCGAAGCCGUAGAGUCGUGUGCACCGGUUCGAAGCAGCAGCAGCAGCAGUCAGCAUUCACUCCGGCCACCUGCAUCGCGUUCUACAGUGCCACUACUCACCACACUGAUUCGGCCGAUCCACCGAGUCCGAGUCCACUGGCGCCAUCCUCGAUCGACCGGUGGACAAGCCAAGCCUGUUGUUCCAGCCUAGCUGCGCACGGCUUCAAUGCCUCCCCGGCCGUGCAUUCAAUGGCCUUGGCACGGUUAGGUGCGCGACGUCGCGGCGGAUUGGCCCGUGCGAGCGCGCCGCGCCGGCCAGUUGUUGGCGGGUGACACGCCGCGCGCGGCCCCGGACACCGAGCGUCCCCCGGCGGCAAUUUAUGGGCGACCGCCCGUGCCGUUUCUCGUUCCACCGCCUACUGCUACUAGCCGCCAUCCACAAACCACAACCACAACCACCGGCCGAUCAUCUGGCCGCCUCUUCUCUUCGCCGGUGAAACUGUGUUUUGCUUUCGUUCAGCUAGCCGCUGAUCGAUCACCACCCAUUUCCACAGUAAAAUGUGCUGUACAGUACGCACGCGCUGUACGUGUACGCAGCUGCCGCAUCAGGUACGGCAGUUUUUUUUAACACGCUGGUCGUUGCUGAAAGCUUUGCAGGUAUGAGGCGGCACUGGAGUAGGGACUUUGGGAGUACUAGUGCGUACUGUGCCAGCAACUAAUCACCAUCCCUCUCAACUGUGCAACCAGUUCUAUAAAACCUCUGCCAUCCCGUCACCUCCCAUCGCAGCAUUGCUUGCUCCAUGUGGAGUCACUUUAUUACUGCAUUACACUAGCUAGCGCAGCCAGCCAGCCAGCUUCAUCUUCAUCCUCGUCGAUCCGAUCCGAUCCGGCGGUGCUGUGUGUACGUCGUACGUGUGUGUGUGUGUGUGCGCGCGCUGUACGCCAGCCGGCAAGCGGCAAUGGAGGUGGGCACGUGGGCGGUGGUGGUGGCGGCCGCCGCCGCGUACCUGGCGUGGUUCUGGCGGCUGUCGCGGGGGCUGAGCGGGCCGCGGGUUUGGCCGGUGCUCGGCAGCCUGCCGGGGCUGGUGCAGCACGCCGAGGACAUGCACGAGUGGAUCGUGGGCAACCUGCGCCGCACGGGCGGCACCUACCAGACGUGCAUCUUCGCGGUGCCCGGGGUGGCGCGCCGCGGCGGGCUGGUCACCGUGACGUGCGACCCGCGGAACCUGGAGCACGUCCUCAAGGCUCGCUUCGACAACUACCCCAAGGGCCCCUUCUGGCACGCCGUCUUCCGGGACCUGCUCGGCGACGGCAUCUUCAACUCCGACGGGGACACGUGGGUGGCGCAGCGCAAGACGGCCGCGCUCGAGUUCACCACGCGCACGCUCCGCACCGCCAUGUCCCGCUGGGUGUCGCGCUCCAUCCACCUCCGGCUGCUGCCCAUCCUGGACGAGGCCGCCAGCGAGGGGACGCACGUCGACCUCCAGGACCUCCUCCUCCGCCUCACCUUCGACAACAUCUGCGGCCUCGCGUUCGGCAAGGACCCCGAGACGCUCGCGCCGGGCCUGCCGGAGAACGCGUUCGCCACGGCGUUCGACCGCGCCACGGAGGCGACGCUCAACCGGUUCAUUUUCCCGGAGUGCCUGUGGCGGUGCAAGAAGUGGCUGGGCCUCGGCAUGGAGACCACGCUGGCCCGCAGCGUCGCGCACGUGGACCAGUACCUCGCCGCCGUCAUCAAGGCGCGCAAGCUCGAGCUCGCCGGGAACGGCAAGUGCGACAGCGACACCACCGCGCCGGUGGCAGCGCACGACGACCUGCUGUCCCGGUUCAUGCGCAAGGGCUCCUACUCGGACGAGUCGCUGCAGCACGUGGCGCUCAACUUCAUCCUCGCCGGCCGCGACACCUCCUCCGUGGCGCUCUCCUGGUUCUUCUGGCUCGUGUCCACGCACCCCGACGUGGAGCGCAAGAUCGUGCGCGAGCUGUGCGCCGCGCUCGCCGUGUCCCGGGGCUCCCACGACCCGGCAUUGUGGCUGGCGUCGCCCUUCACCUUCGAGGAGCUCGACCGCCUGGUGUACCUCAAGGCGGCGCUCUCGGAGACGCUGCGCCUGUACCCGUCCGUGCCCGAGGACUCCAAGCACGUGGUGGCCGACGACUACCUCCCCGACGGCACGUUCGUCCCGGCGGGUUCGUCGGUGACCUACUCCAUCUACUCGGCGGGGCGCAUGAAGACGGUGUGGGGGGAGGACUGCCUCGACUUCCGCCCGGAGCGGUGGCUGUCCGCCGACGGCACCCGGUUCGAGCCGCACGACUCGUACCGGUUCGUGGCGUUCAACGCCGGGCCGAGGAUCUGCCUCGGCAAGGACCUCGCGUACCUGCAGAUGAAGAACAUCGCCGGCAGCGUGCUCCUCCGCCACCGCCUGGCCGUCGCGCAGGGCCACCGCGUGGAGCAGAAGAUGUCGCUGACGCUGUUCAUGAAGCACGGGCUCCGGAUGGAGGUGCACCCGCGCGACCUGGCCCCGGUCAUCGACGAGCUCCGUGGCGCGGGCGCGGGUGCGGCAGCAAGGCUGGCCACGGCGCCCUGCGCGUAGAAGAUCCGUCCCGUCCGUGCGCCAAGAUCCGUGCUGCGGAGGAGACACUGGGAAUUCAAUGUGUAGAUAAGCGUACAAGUACAAGACAGGAGUAAGUAAUUAAAUGGGUUUGGUGAGACCAUUCAAGUCUCUUCUCUCAUGAAUUUACCAUUCUGAUGAGGGAGAUGGGGAAUUUUUUUGCGAUUGGCAAGAUCUAGCUGGAUUUGGAUCUGAGCGUUUACAAAUUACUGAAGAUUUGUUCGAGUGAGGCAGUUAGUGUUGGCGACCGGUUGCCAACUGUUCUACUACUCUAGUACUACUACUACUAUUCUUUGAAACUUCUCAUAUAUAUUUUUUAAGACUACUACAGUAGUAUAUUCUAUUUUUAGAGGGUUGUUAAAUUUACCAAGAAACGUGUAAGUAAACGUGUAUUGAAGGUUCUUUGCUUCUUUGAUUGAUAUAUACCAUCACUUUCAUGGUCA